AUGGGACGCACCAGGGAGACUGCCUCGAUUGGCAUCAUCGGCAUGGGCGAUAUGGGCAAAAUGUAUGCCCAGCGUCUGAGCGAUGCCGGCUGGAGACCUGAGAAUUUUGCAUCUCUUCAAGAAGAGUUCGCUUCUCGACCCUUGGUCACCGUGUUUCCGAAUGGCCAUCUCGUUUCGAGAAUUAGCGACUUUAUCCUUUACAGUGUAGAAGCUGGCGUCAUCGACCGCGUUGUUGCACAGUAUGGUCCAUCAACCAAGCAGGGUGCCAUUGUCGGCGGUCAAACUUCAUGCAAGGCGCCCGAGCUCGCCGCCUUCGAGAAACACUUGCCCUCCGAUGUAGAAAUUGUAUCGUGCCAUUCGCUGCAUGGUCCCAAAGUGAAUCCCAAAGGCCAGCCACUGGUGAGCAUAUCCCUUCCCUGCUCAUAUACAGCCUGCGUCGAUGGUGAUAUUGACACGAAACCGCAGGUUCUGAUCAAGCACAGAGCAUCCGAUGAGGCUUUGAACUUUGUGAAUGAGAUCCUCUCGUCAUUUGGGUCUCAACAUGUCUACCUCACAGGAGAGAUGCACGAUCGAAUCACUGCCGAUACACAGGCCGUUACUCACGCCGCCUUUUUGAGUAUGGGAUCAGCCUGGCAGGCGAAUCGGCAGUUCCCUUGGGAGAUCUCUCGAUGGGUCGGCGGAAUCGAGAAUGUCAAGAUUAACAUUACUCUCCGCAUUUACUCGAAUAAGUGGCACGUGUACGCGGGUCUUGCUAUCCUGAACCCUUCUGCCAAAGCGCAGAUCCGCCAGUAUGCCGACUCCGUGACUGACCUUUAUAAGCUCAUGAUCGGUGGACAAAGGGAGGAACUGAAGCGUCGUGUGAAAGCUGCAGGCGCCUCGGUCUUCAAAGAUGGAACGGAGGCACAAGAUUUACUCUUGAGCGAUGAAGUUCUUGAUCGCUUUUCCUUGUCGAACCAUACACGUGAGAAAUCACCCCCCAACAGUCACCUCAGUCUGCUCGCAAUUGUGGACUGUUGGUCGCAGCUUGGCAUUGUGCCCUACGACCAUAUGAUCUGCUCCACGCCGCUCUUCCGCUUGUGGCUGGGAGUGACCGAGUAUUUGUUCCGAAACCCCGACCUUCUUGAAGAGGCCCUUGACACUGCAAUUGAUGAUAACACGUUCCGCUCCGAUGACCUGGAGUUCACAUUUGCGGCACGGGCGUGGUCUGAUUGUGUCUCAUUCGGAGACUUUGAGUCCUACCGGGAUCGCUUCGAGCGGAUUGCCCAAUACUUCGCGCCUCAAUUCCCUGAGGCCGCCAAGCUUGGAGAUGAGAUGAUGAAGACCAUCCUCGAGAAAACAGAACAGAAGCCUUGA